AUGCAGAAGUGCUUGAGCAGGUGUGGCCGCUAUGCAGCGGUGUACACAUUCGGGUUUGUCUCCAGCAGCCUCCUUUGGCAAAGAGCCUGUCAGCUUUCCGCGGUUCCCUUCACAGGGCUCAUCCCGUUCACUGAGACGAGUUCCCGGGACAAGGUCAUCUCCACAGAAAGCUUGGGCUUUCAGGCUGAAGAACGUUUGGAGCUUCAGGCGGAUACCCAAAGCGUCACCGCGUCCGACUCGCCGAGUCUUCACUUCGCGGCGGAAGGCGAAAGAAACUCCAGCCAGAUCCAGACGGAAGAACCAGGAGCUGGUAGCAGUGAUCUGUGUGUCGCUUCCGGGGCAAAGGCGAAGAGCCCCUUCCUGGUUCCACCGAAUGAGCCUCCACGAGAUCAAUAUGCUCCAGUUUUCCUAUCCGAGGAGCUAUUGAAUCGGACCGAUUUUACCAUCAAGCUGCUAAAGAGGUUCACCGGCGGCUGGACGGUGGAUGAUCCUGCCCAAGCCGUGUUCUACAUAGUUUGCUGUGGGCCGCUUGAGCGCUUCCUUCAGCUGCCUGCAAGGACGCCCGAGCGGCCAUACCUGUGCUACGACUGCGACGCCGUACUUCAUCUGGAGAGGCUGUCCAUUAUGAAGCCCGAGAGUCCGGCUCUUUCUGAUACCUGGGCCCUGCUAUCUCGACGCGAUUUUAUGUUUUCCUCCACGGAUCUGCGGUAUUGGAACAUCAUGAACGACUCCGCGCCGUUACUCCCUGGAGUCACUCACGCCCACCACAUACCGAAGGUGGAAGAGCUGGAUCAAAGGCGGAUUAGGCCGCACGACCCUCCGAGCAACUUCUUGACCUUCCAGGGACUCUGGAACUGCGGACAACUUGGCAGCUCCUUUGUCCGCUUGAACAUGGCCGUCAUGUUGAACAGCACGAGGAGGCUGCCCAAGGCUAUGAAGACGGCUUCGGGGGAGCCACUGCCGCUGCCACAAAAGAACUACACGCCCCCACGGGAUGUGUUCAUCUCCAUUGCCGGCGAGCAGCACAACUACAAGGCCAGGAGGCAUUACUAUGCUCUCUUCGACAGCGCAUACAGCCUU